AUGUUGCGCCUCGCACCCGCUCUUAUCUUCGCCUACCUGGCGACUAGCGCCGUCGCCGCAGACGAUGAUUUCACCCCACCGAAUUGCAGUCUCGACGAGCACUGCCCUGAGAAGUACCCUUGUUGCUCUGUAUACGGACAAUGUGGUACGGGCGCUUACUGUCUCGGUGGAUGCGAUCCCCUAAUGUCGUACUCUCUCGAUUCCUGCGCCCCCAUGCCCGUUUGCCAGAGCAAGACCUACAAGUGGGACAACCUUGAUAAUGCCGCUACAAACAACGAAUAUCUCGGCAACGCUACCGAAUCCGAUUGGGUUUACAGCGGAUACCCCGAGCUUGAGGACGGAAACCUCCUUCUCACCAUGCCCAAGAACAGUGUGGGAUCUCUCUUCGCGAACAACCACUAUAUCUGGUACGGCAAGAUUGGUGCCAACAUCAAGAGUAGCCGCGGUAAGGGUGUGGUCACUGCAUUUAUCCUUCUCUCCGAUACCAAGGACGAGAUCGAUUACGAAUGGGUUGGUGCCGAUCUGAGCCAGGUCGAGACCAACUGGUACUUCCAGGGAAUUCUGGACUGUUGA